GCGUGUGGAGUUAAUGGCGAUGUCGAAACUCUACAAACUUGGCCUACUCUUCCCCUUCAUCCUGCCUCUCCUCCUCCUCCACCACCUUGUCACGUGCAGCAGCCACGCUCCGCUGUUCCCACUGAAUGUUCGUUUGGAGUCUCGAGACCUCCUGGCGACCCUUUGCUGGGACCCCGUUGAAGCGGCUCCCAGUGGGGAUGGAGGGGAUAGACCCCCACUUGUUGAUCCUUUAACCAUCAACUCGACCACCACGACCACGACCAACUCAACGUUCCUGAAUGUUACAUACAGAGUUCAGAGCAAACUCUUCAGACGAGCCCGCUGGCAGACCGUCUGCGCUGCAACAACGGAGACACGGUGCGACGUCUCCUCGGCGCUGGACGAUCCCGGUGACCGCUACCUCCUCCGUGUGAGAUUCUCCUUCUCAUCCUCGCCGUCACGAUCCUCACCCUGGGUCGCGGUUGUGGUCCUGCCCUUGAUGGAAACUGUGCUCAGCGCUCCGUCGUUCACCCUGAGGCUCGACAAACUGACGCGGGGGGAGGAGGAGGAGGAGGGCGAUGGUGGUGAGGAUGAGGAUGAGGAGUGCGGUGUUGUGGGUGACGAUGAAGACAACGACGAUGAUGGCUACAGCGACAACGACGACGGCGAUGACGAUGACCGUGACGGCGGUGACGAUGACCGCCGUGAUGACGGUGGUCCUGGGGUGGCUGGGGAGUUGGAGGCGGUGGUCGACGGAGAGCCGGAGGUGCGGAAGCUGUCGUUGUUGGUCUCCGUCGGGCGGGGGUGGAGGGCGCUGGUGUCGCACGACGUGAAGUUCCACCAUCAGGUUGACAUUUCGACAAGAGGCGGCGUUCAACUCACGGAGCGCUUCAUCGGAUGCCGGUACCAACACCGAAUGAUGCUUCUGCCGGGACGCGAGGAUGAGUACUGUGUCCGCGUGAGAAUGGUAGCCGACUUGCCACGGUGGAAGGCAGGGGAGUGGUCUCCACUGUCGUGUGUCUCCGUCCCUCCACCACACAGCACCGUGGCCCCUCGUGUGGGUGUCGACACGGACGGCCAGGUCACGGCGGUGGUCGGCCAGAAGGUGGCGCUGCUGCGCUGCGUUCUGUGGGGUGCGGCCGUGGUGGUGGUGCAGGCCAACUGGCUGAAGGCCUCCCGUGGCAACGUCUGGGCGGGGGCCAAUUUGGCCGCACUCAGCCCGCUGCACGGCACGGCGUACUCCAACUCGUCCCUCGCGGGCCGACUGCGGUUCCGCGUUGGGGGGCCUCCCGGCGACGUCUCGCUGGAGCUGCUGGACGUGCGGGCUGGCGACGGGGGCCUCUUCCUCUGCCACGUGGCCACCUUCCCCCACGACAACUUCGAGGGGAGGGUCAACCUCUCUGUCAUCGAGAAUUCUGCGGCGGCAGCGGCGGCGGGCCGGGCCAGCUGGGCCGCUCCGGCCGCGAUCCUCGCCGUGUCCCUCGCCCUGGUGGCCACGCUGCUGCUGCUCUACCGCCACCGCCGUCAGCAGAGUGGCAACAAGGCGGAUGAAGGGCUGCACGAGUUGCCACCGCAGCCUCAGCACCAAGACAGCGGAGCUGGAAGCUACGACUACGCGGUUUUCAAAGACGAAGAUGACGACGAGGCGAGGGAGGAAGAUUUUUGA